AUGGUGUCUGAUAUCAGCCAGGGCAAAAUGACCGUCGCAAAAUACAAACGAUUCUUUUACAGUUUGCCUAUAGUCGGCGAACGCACCGAGCAGCAGUUGAUCCUGUUGGCCAAGGCCGGUUUGAAGGAAGAGAUCCGCGACGGUCUGGAAACUGAGGAGUUCGCCACACUCGAGGCCCUGUUCGAGGAUGCGGAGGAAGUCGAGGAGGGGUUAAAGGAAACACCUCCAUCCAGCCCUGGCAAACGCCGCCGCACAAGCCCCGAUCACCGCAGUAGCAAACGUGCUCGCAAGGCGGAGAAAAAAGGUGACCCGGAGGAUGAGGGUUAUGGAUACCCCGGCGAAGGAGAGACGGGGUUAAAGGACGAUGAAGAAGGUGACUACUGGGAGUGGAUGCAGAUGGACACGGACGUGGAUGACGACGCUUCCGACUGGACCGACGACACAUUGGGUUCUGGGCAGUUCAGGAUGGACAACUACCCAGACAGCUCCGGCACCGACUCCAGCACCUCCGACUCCGACUAGGAACCUCCUCCUCUUUUAAUAUUAUUAAAUAUUUUGAAUUUUAUUGUUUUUUUGUAAUUAUGUUGAACUCUUUUUUUUUUGAACUCUUUAUUAUAUUUUAUAAUAAAAUUUAUGAUUUCUGUUUAUUAUUGCUAUCUUUUUAUGCAUGUUUAAUAUUGGUAAAAUUAGGAAUUGCUAAUUAUACGAAUACUGACGGUAUACGAAUACUAACGAUAUUCGAAUACUGACGGUAUACGAAUACUGACGGUAUACGAAUACUGACGGUAUACGAAUACUAACGGUAUUCGAAUACUGACGGUUUACGAAUACUGACGGUAUUCGAAUACUGACGGUAUACGAAUACUGACGGUAUUCGAAUACUGACGGUAUACGAAUACUGACGGUAUUCGAAUACUGACGGUAUUCGAAUACUUAAGGUCUUCGAAUACUGACGGUAUUCGAAUACUUAAGGUCUACGAAUAAUUCCAUUAAUUACUCACUUUUAUUACUCAACAAUCAUAACUAGGGAUGUCAAAUGGGCUUAAUGAUCAUGGGUUAACCAAGACCAACCCCAAAUGGUCUGACCAUAUUAUGCCCAAUUGACAUCUCUAUUCAUAAUUCCAUUAAUAUUUAUCUUUACUCACUUUUCAUUGAUUAAACGGUAUACGAAUACUGAAGGUAUACGAGAGAAAACAUAUAACAUUGACGAAUACUUUAGGUCUACGAGAGAAAACAGAUAACAUUGACGAAUACUUAAGGUAUACGAAUACUUAAGGUCUACGAAUACUUAAGCUAUACGAUAGAAAACAGAUAACAUCGAGGAUAACAUAAAUAAAGUCCUAGAGGAUGUGAGAAAUGUUGCAGCAUAUCCAAAAUAGCCUGCAGUUUUUACAA